GGCUUGGGUUGAUUUGUUUUCUUUCCUUUGCUAUCCGAUGGAUAUUCACUGCAAGGCGGACCACUUCGCGGCCAUGCACCGUAAGUAGCACAACCCCAGGCACGGGGGUGUGAACCAGCUCGGCGGGGUGUUCGUUAACGGAAGACCCCUCCCGGACGUGGUGCGCCAGCGCAUCGUGGAGCUGGCCCACCAGGGGGUUCGACCGUGCGACAUCUCCCGGCAGCUGCGCGUCAGCCACGGCUGCGUCAGCAAGAUCCUGGGCAGGUACUAUGAGACUGGUAGCAUCAAACCAGGCGUGAUCGGAGGCUCCAAGCCCAAAGUGGCCACGCCGAAGGUGGUGGACAAGAUAGCGGACUACAAGAGGCAGAACCCCACCAUGUUCGCGUGGGAGAUCCGCGACAGGCUGCUGGCUGAGGGCGUCUGCGACAACGACACCGUGCCCAGCGUCUCGUCCAUCAACCGGAUCAUCCGAACAAAAGUGCAGCAGCCCUUUCAUCCCUCGCCCGAUGGGACGUCCCUGUCGACGCCAGGCCAUACCAUAGUGCCAAACACAGUGUCUCCUCCAGUAACCAGCGCUUCCAACGACCCAGCGGGGUCGUACUCCAUUAACGGCAUUCUGGGUAUUCCGCGUUCCAACGGUGAAAAGAGGAAAAGAGACGAAGAUGGUUCAGAUGGUUCUGGUCCAAACAGUGAUUCUCAGGGUAGUGUGGAGAGUUUACGGAAACACCUGAGGGCCGACGCCUUCACCCAGCAGCAGCUGGAAGCGCUGGACCGGGUCUUUGAACGCCCCUCGUACCCGGACGUCUUCCCUACAUCGGAGCACAUCAAACCGGAACAGGCUAAUGAGUACUCGCUGCCUGGCCUCAAUUCCAGCCUGGACGAAGUCAAGCCCAGUUUGUCGUCCAACGCCAACCCGGAGCUGGGCCCCAGCGUGUCGCAAAGCUACCCUGUAGGUCGGGACAUGGCCAACACAACCUUACCCGGGUACCCCCCUCACGUUCCCCCUACUGGCCAGGGCAGCUACCCGACUUCCACACUCGCUGGAAUGGUUCCUGGGAGUGAGUUUUCGGGGAACCCCUACAGUCAUCCGCAGUACACAACCUACAACGAAGCUUGGCGAUUCAGCAACCCGGCGUUACUAAUGCCGCGUCGAGAGGCUCAGUCCCACCCACUGCUGCCGCUGCCUAUGACCGCCACUAGUUACCAUGGAAACCAAAUCAAACUGCAGGACUGCGGCCUCAGCCUCCAUAUUUGAGCACAGUGAGGACACCGAGCUCGCACGAUGAGACCAUUUUUUUUUUGAUUUUUUUUUUGCGGGUUGGGCGGUUCCAGAUUUCUUCACCACCCAUUUGAAAUUGAUGAACAGUAGACGGUUGUGGAAAAGUGAGGAGAAAAACAAAACAAAACAACUAAAAUCAGCCAUUGUGGAUCAAUACUGUACAUUCCUUUGCUUGGCAGCUCUCAGCAAGAACUGUUCGGGGCUUAAAAAUGUAGCAGCGGCCUUUUAUUUUCCUAUUUUUUUCUCCCUUGACUCGAGUGAAACGGGAAUGCCGUGAGAUGAGCCGGCUGCGUUUUUAUCCAUCAUCAAGCAUGGCGGAUGCCGUGAGAAGAUUAGGACUCUGUGAAACACAAUCAACAUGUUCAAAAAAAAAAAAAAAAAAUA